AAGACGAUUCAUAAAAUUGUAAAGUGAUUAAAGGGACAAUUUUUCUUUCACCUGUUAUUUAUAUCUAUUUAAACGGUAUAGGUCACAGUGAAAAUUUUAUUACAUCCCAAAACAAAUAAUCACAAGACUAUGCCAUAUUUGUACGACUCAUCUGAGGAGCAUUUAAAAUGAAUCCUGUAUUUUUGCUGGCAUUCUUCUUCCUUGAAGCUUUUGGGGGUGUUGUAGACAUUACUUUACCUGAACAGAACCAAGGCAUUGGUGAUGCUAAUCAAACAUGCACACAACUUAUCGAAAAGGAACAAAAUACAAAAAACGAUAGUUUCUGUGAAAGGGUAUGGGAUACAAUAUCAUGUUGGCCACCAACACCACCUGAAAGUUUGGCAACCAUACCAUGUCCAAGUUACCUUAAUGGUUUUAAUACUGCAGCUUUUGCACACAAAUAUUGCACCGGUAAUGGAACAUGGUUUUACCAUCCAAUUUUAAAUCUGACGUGGACUGAUUACACAGACUGUCCAUAUACUUCAAUAAUGGAAGACAUACCAGAGUUAAUUAAGAAACAUAUGCCCUAUAUCAGACUGGUAUUUAACAUUGGAUAUGGAAUUUCCUUAGUGUCACUAGUUUUAGCCACAACCCUGAUGAUUGCAUUCAGGCGUUUGAGAUGUCCACGGAAUACAGUUCACAUCAAUCUUUUCAUAUCAUUUAUCUUGCGAGCAUCAAUAUCCUUCAUGAAAGAAAACCUUUUGGUAAAUAGUGCUGCUUUUGCUAGUGACGUUAAAGAAGUUAAUGGAAAAUUACAAUUCAUAAUGGAAGGAACACAUUGGCAGUGCAAGCUUUUCUUUACUGUUUUUCACUAUAUACUUGCAACAAAUUACAUAUGGAUUCUAGUAGAAGGAUUAUACCUGAACAUGUUAAUUACCGUAGCUGUGUUCUCGGAGAAAAGUGGAAUUAAAUGGUUCAUUCUCUUCGGAUGGGCUUCACCUAUAGUCUUUGUGGGACCUUGGGUUAUAGUUCGUGCAAUUUACGAAAAUACAUUAUGUUGGAAUACUCAUAAUAAUUCUGGAUAUUUCUGGAUAAUGAGAGGACCAAUUGUGUUAUCGGUUGCUGUAAACUUCAUAAUCUUUUUGAACACUAUACGGGUAUUGUAUACAAAGUUGACAGCAUUCAAUUCGUUUGAAACAAAGAAAUUCAGGUAUAGGAGACUAGCCAAAUCAACAAUGGUAUUGAUACCGUUAUUUGGAGUACAUUACAUUGUGUUCAUAGGACUCCCAGAUAACGUCAGCAAAGAAGCAGAACUUGUGAAGUUAUAUUUUGAAAUGUUCUUUAAUUCUAUUCAAGGGUUUGUCGUAGCGUUAUUAUUUUGUUUCCUCAAUGGAGAUGUUCAAACAGAAAUUGCAAAAACCUGGAAGCGGUUCAGAUUAUCACAUGGAGGCGAGUUAAUUCGAAGCCAUCGAGAUACAGUAACCUCAUACGUAUCACGUGGACGUGGGUCAAUAGUGUCAAGUUCAAAUUCAGAAACAGAACGAAAAACAUCAAACCAUGAACUUAAACCUCUGACACGUAUUCAAAAUGAUGCAAAUGAAAACCACAAAACAAAUGGACACGUUCAGUGGCAGGAUGAAUCUACACCAAUGAUGGAUUAUCAGUCAGACAACUGUGCGGAAAAUCACAGACCAAAUGACUGAUAUGGUGCUUGAUGACAUUUGGGAGUACAAUUUUUGUAGUGCGAUUGACUGUGCUAUCCGUGGUACAAAUGCCACUAAUCAAGAAAUUGACACUUGUUUCAUUAAUGAAACGUAGAGAUGUAUUAACUAUUGUUUGAAGGACCGCAGUAUGAAAAUUGAAACAUUUAUUAUGCUUGUAUAUAUAUAUAUACAAUGGUCGAUUCAGAACAAUACGAUGCAAUAUAUAUUUAUUGGUUACUAGUAUACAAUUUAUGGUAUAUUAAUUUAUAUUGUUAUAAAUUGUGCAUAAGUUGUUACAUAAUGUUUAGGUAGGAACAUGUAAAUAAAAUGUCAUUGUUAUCA